UGAUUAAGUUGGUCUGGUUGGAGAGCGCAGACAUCGCUCCCCGAUCAAAACAUUUCUCUAAAGAUGGCAGCGUCUCCGUCUUCCUUGCGCGUCUACAGGGGAAUUCUCAAAGAGUUGCGGGCCAUGCAAGGGCAAAAUUAUAAGCAGUCGCUGGCGUAUAACUACGUAACAGAUCAAUUUCGCAAAAAUCAGGUGACAGGUGAGAGGCUUUGCCGUGCCCAGCAGGAGGCGCUCCAUGCCUCCCAAACCUACCUGUGUCUGCUGGCAGCCUCCAGGAACCACCAAAUCCUGCAUAACCUCUACCAUGGAAAGGGAGAGUGCAGCACUGAAGAGGCGGCGGGUCUGGUGGGGCUCAGGUUGCCGACUCAGCCAGGAGGCAAAGGCUGGGAGAAGUGAAGGCUGCACGGGGAGCGAUGGAAGAAUUGAUGCCUCGUGAACAGCAACCUUCAAACGGACUAUGUGUUAUUCGAGAAGAGUAAAAGCUGUGGACUCUGCCUGUGUGGAAACAUGUGGAGAAAGUGUUCUCAAUAGAUGUACCCAACAAUGUAUCUGCUUUAGUCCUGCAAAUGUUUUUAAAUAUUCAAAAGCAGUGGCAGGCAACUAUUCUACUUUCUCUAUUAAACUAUUCAUUGCUUAA